AUGUCUAAAGCAUUUAGUCAAUCAUCUCCAGUAUAUUCAAAUGCUAGUAUGACUAAUCGUCCAACAUCGCAUCCAACAAAUGCAUCAUCAAUGCCAACACCAAUGGGAACGGGAAUGAAUAAUCAAGGAAAUCCAUCAUAUUCAUGUCCAUAUGGAUAUCUACAAACACAAAUUCCUCAAGAUAUUUAUCGAGAUUCUAUUCAAACAGCUGUUUUAGAUAGAGUUCGAAAUCGUUUAGAUGAAAUAACACAAAUAUAA